AAGCUUUCUCAAUCGAUUAAUGUCUCGAUUUGCAAACAAGUGAAAAUAAUCUUUUUAUAGUCAAAUAAAAUUUUAAUCGCUAUGCCGUCAUUGAACAAAAUUUUAUUUGGUUCUAAAACAACAAUUUACUGAAAAUAAAAGGAUAAUGGAGCAGGUUAAUCUGAGAGAUCCGAACUCAUUACCAUGUAGAAUUUAUAUCGGUCAUUUAAAUGAAGGAAUAACUGAAGAAUUUAUUAAUAAGUAUAAAGUUUUCUCCUUAUGGAAAAAUUGUUGGGAUUUAGAGAACUCAUCCAGGAUUCGCUUUUCUUCAAUAUGAUCAACCUGGCAGUUAAAUCUGCUCAAAUGAAGAGUCAAAAACACAAACUUCCCUCAACUGAAAUUCAAGAGACGAAAGAAUUUGAACCCAUGAACAAAAAAUACUUUUCUGAAGCAAAUGAAUAUUACGGAAAUAAUUCAAUCAUGGGCCCGACAAAUAAUGAUUCAGAUGUAAAUCAUUGCGAAAUAAUUGUUGUAUCUAAAAAUUUAACAAACUACGCUGAAGAAAUCGAACGACAACUUAAGAUGCUUGGAAUUCGAGUCGAUCUCAUGUUCCCCAAUGAUCAAGUACCCAUCAAUAAGGUUUUGGGUAACAUUCAAUCACGAGGAUGUCUCUACGCUAUUUUGAUAUUGCCAGUAAACUUGGAACAGAAUAGUUUAACAUUAACAAUUCUUUAUGGUGAUGCAUCCGAGCACCGAAACAUGCCAUUAGAUGAUGCUAUAAGAUUCAUUUACAAAGAUUUCAUCAACAAAACAAAAAGAAUAUCGCACAACGUUUAUCAUCAUCCCGAUGCAAUUCAAACGCUUUUAAAAACAUUAGCUGACAACCGAUCCCUGACAGUUCUACAAUAUGAUCAUAUAAUUAAAUAUUUAAGUCAAAGGCGUGAGGUACAAAGAAGAGCAGAAAUUGGCGAAGAUGCUGCUGACGUUGAUUAUGCUAUGGACACAACGCCAAGUUAUAAUCAAGUUACUGUUAACAAUCCAACUCCAACACCCUCUACAUCUAAAUCUCUUCCUGUGUCGGAUCCAAAAGCAGAUUUACAGAAGAAAAUUCUUGAGAUUCUUAAUAAGAAACCAAUACUGGAGAAAAUCACUCAAAAAGUUGAAGUUGUGUCACAACCUUUAUCAGAAAAGGAAAAAGAUGCUCUUAAACAAAAACUAAUGCAGGACGAUAAGAUUAAACAAGCGAUAAUGACACUACACGAGGAUGACUCAAAAAACGAAGAUUGUGCAUUAGUUGAUGCGAUAAGCGAUAAUAACUUUGAAGAGAAUAACGUAGAAAGUUUAAAACAUUCAAGUAAACAAUCAGAAAGUGAUCAAGAGAUUGUAAAUUCUGAUUUAACAAGCACAGAUCCUAGUUCGAGUUCAUUAAAUUUCAUUGAUGAAGAAUAUGAUUAUUUACAUGACUCAGAAUGGAUCAAUCAAAGGUGUCAUGUUUUCAUCUUAAGCACAGCUGGAAAACCAAUUUAUUCCCUACAUGGAUCAGAAGAAAAGUUGAAUACUCUAUUUGGACUCCUUCAAGCUUUGGUGUCAGUUGUACAGUCAAGUGAUGAUUCUAUAAGAAGUAUAACAGUUAAAGCUACGAAAUUUGUAUUUUUUGUUAAAAAUCCUUUAAUUCUUGUUGGAGUCAAUAAAGCACAACGAAGCGAGCAGCAAAUUUUAAAUCAAUUAAUGGAUGUUUACAAUCAAAUCAUUUCCAUUGUUACAUUAAGUCAUAUGAGCAGUGUUUAUGAGAAACGCAAUAAUUAUGACUUAAGGAAGUUACUAGCUGGAUCAGAGCGACUUGUUGAUUUUCUACUGAGGAAUGAAACGCAUAAGAAAAUUUCUAAUAAUCCUUUUGUGCCACUUACACAUUCAGUUAGAAUUCUUCCACUUGAGUCAAGUAUUCGUGAUUCAAUAACAUCAACAAUUCAAUCGAAUUGUUCGAAAAUCAAAAAUCUUGUUUUUGCUGUUCUUUUGGCAAACAACAAGCUCGUGACACUUGUAAGGAUGAAAACCUACUGCAUGCAUACUGACGAUCUCCGAAUAAUUUUUAAUCUUGUGGAAUGUACGGAAAGCUUUAAAACAGCCGAAAGUUGGACUCCAAUUUGUUUACCAAAAUUUAACACAAAUGGAUUUCUUCAUGCUCAUGUUUCAUAUCUUGAUGAUGAUUGUGAAGCUUGUUUACUUCUUCUCUCAGCUGACAGUGAAUCUUUCUUCACACUUUCCAACGCAAAAAAGAAUAUCACAGAAAAACUUAAGAAAUUAAAUUGUCUCGAGGCGAUCAACGGAGGCAUGAAAAAUCGAGGAAUUGAUUUGAAUGCUGCUGGCGUUAAAGAAAUUCGUCAUUUUUUGUAUAAGAACAAGAAAAAUACUCAAUUGUUAUGCUCUGAAAUUAAAGCUCCCUACAACACUUUGGGUGAGUUAAUUGCUAAGAAAUAUUUUGUUCAAUUUUCA